UCAUGCUGCUGCCAGACCCAGAGUGUCAUGGGUCCCUGUACGGCCUCCCAUUGCUGCUGUCUCCAUCGCCACACUCUGCCAUGUGCCACUUUCAGGUCUCCUCACACUGCUGGUGGGUUCCAUUUUGUCAUAGGGUGCUGGCAGAUUACGGGCCUCCCAUUGCUGCUGCCAGGCCCGUAAUCUGCCAUGGGCCCCCGUACCGCCUCCUCAUGCUGCUGCCAGGUCCAGAGUGUCUCAUGGGUCCCUGUACGGCCUCCCAUUGCUGCUGUCUCCAUCGCCACACUCUGCCAUGUGCCACUUUCAGGUCUCCUCACACUGCUGGUGGGUUCCAUUUUGUC